ACAAACCUUACACACCAGUUUAGUACUUUUUAGCAAAACUCUUUGAAGAUGGCUUCAAUGUCCGUGUUUCCUUGUUCCACUUUCUACUACAAAAAUUAUCAUGACAUAGGUACAAAAUUUGUCAUUCGUAAGCCAAUUUACGCAACACAAUCCACAUCAAGCGCUGUCACUGCAGAGACUGUCCCUAGACGAUCAGCAAACUAUGCGUCAUCAUUAUGGUCAUUUGAUCAGAUUCAAUCACUGUCUAGUGAAUAUGUAGGACAAGAUUACAAGGCAACGGCAGAUACGUUAAAAGACGCGGUGAAGAUGAUGAUACUUAAAGGUGGAAAUCAAUUGAACACCCUUCAGAUGAUUGAUGAUUUGCAGAGACUUGGAAUAUCGUAUCAUUUUGAAGAUGAAAUAAGAAAUCUCCUGGAGAUGAUUUACAAUUACUACAAAACUCCUGAAGACUGGAAUGGAAUGGAUUUGAACCUUAAAGCCCUUGGAUUUCGACUAUUGAGACAACAUGGUUAUCAGGUUCCUCAAGAGAUAUUUCAUGACUUUAAGGACAAGAUGCAAAAUUUUAAGCCAUACUCAGUCGAUGAUAUGAUGGGAAUAUUGAAUUUGUAUGAGGCUUCAUACUAUUCACUGGAGGAUGAAUCCAUACUGGAUCAUGCUAGAGACUUCACAACAAAAUAUAUGAAAGAAAAUCAAGACAAAGCUGAUAAGAGCAUACCAUCACUAGUAACUCAUGCUUUGGAGCUUCCGCUACACUGGAGAGUGCCAAGGGUAGAGGCAAAGUGGUUUAUCGAACAAUAUGAACAAAGAGCUGACAAGAAUCCCACAUUGAUUGAUCUCGCAAAAUUGGAUUUUGAUAUGGUUCAGGCUGUUCAUAUUGAAGAUCUAAAGCAUGGAUCAAGGUGGUGGAGAAAUACAAAAUGGGAUAAGAAGCUCAGCUUUAGUAGAGACAGGUUGGUAGAGCAUUUCUUGUGGUCGACCGGUUUUGGUCAUCUACCUCAUCAUAGCCUUGGAAGACGAACAAUGACAAAGGUUAAUUCCAUGAUUACUGCUAUUGAUGAUGUCUACGACGUGUAUGGUACUUUGGAUGAACUUGAACAAUUUACUAACGUUAUCGAUAGAUGGGACAUCAAUGAGAUCGAUGAACUCCCAGAUUAUAUGAAGAUAUGUUUCAUGGGGUUCUACAACACGAUUAAUGAGAUUGCAUAUAACACAUUGACAGAGACAGGGUUCCAUAGCCUUCCAUACCUUAAGAAAGCUUGGGCAGGUUUAUGCAAAGCAUACCUAGUAGAAGCACGAUGGUACAACAAUGGACAUACACCAACACUCCAAGAAUACUUGGACAAUGCGUAUACAUCAAUAUCGGGUCCAGUAAUACUCAUGCAUGCUAACUUUGUGACAUCUGUUCAAUCAAGUAAUGACAUAUUGCAAAGUAUGCCAAAACUUGAGAAAAUAAUUUACUACUCGUCACUAAUCUUCCGAAUGGCUGAUGACUUGGGGACAUCAUCGGAUGAACUUGCAAGAGGCGAUGUUUCAAAAUCAAUACAAUGUUAUAUGCAUGAGAGCGGUGCUACUGAAGAAGAAGCUAGAGAGUACAUCAAAGAAUUGAUAUUGGAGACAUGGAAGAAACUAAACAAAGAACGAGCACAUGCCAAUUCUCAAUUUUCACGUGAGUUUAUCGAAUAUGCAACCAACAUACCUAGGAUGGCACUAUUCAUGUACAGUGAUGGAGAUGGGCAUGGUCGUCCAGAUUUAACUAAAUCUCAUGUAUCAUCACUGUUUUUUAAUCCGGUCCAAGGAAUAUAAUAGGGCUUUGUCUAUUAGCACACCCUGGAAUCUAUCAUCACACUUUGCUUUUUCAAUAUGUAUCAUAUAGCUUUAUACAAUCCGUAUAGCGUUAGCUCUAGACACCUGCAGACUGACAUGGUCAGUCUUUGUCUGACAGCUGGUCUUAUACGGAUCGUAUAGAGCUGUACUAUCUGUAUUGAGACUAGUUUUUUUUUUAAUUUAAAGUUUGGUGUAUCAGCUAUGGUUGUUGGUGUUUA